AUGUAUGACGAGAACCGAAAAAACGGAUACUCCAAUGAGGCGGAGGAGGGCGGAGGAGAAGGUGAAGAGGAGGAGGAGGAGGAAGAGGAGGAGGAGGGAGGUGAAGGAGAUGAAGGAGGGGAGGAGAAGGGCGAAUGGGACUCGGAAGAGAUGCGAGAGAAUGGAGGGAUGAGAAUGAACCGAACAGACACUCUCAAUUCCACCACCAGCUCCACGGGCACUCAGAGAAAGAAGAGCCAGCAUGCGAAAAAACAGGUGCAGGGCUCGAACCAGGUACAGCGUGCCCCCAGAGCCCUCUUUUGCCUCAAGCUCAACAACCCCAUCCGCCGCGCCGCUCUGUCUCUCGUCGAGUGGAAACCCUUUGAUAUAUUUAUUCUUUUAGCUAUCUUCGCUAACUGCGUGGCUCUGGGUGUUUCCAAACCCUUCCCUGAGGACGAUUCCAAUGCCACCAACCAUGACCUGGAACAAGUGGAAUACGUGUUUCUCAUCAUUUUUACCGUCGAGACUUUUCUAAAGAUUCUCGCCUACGGACUGGUCAUGCACCCCAGCUCCUACAUCCGCAACGGCUGGAACCUGCUGGAUUUCGUCAUUGUCAUCGUGGGGCUGUUCAGUGUGGUGUUGGAGACAGCGACCCAUAAGCCAGGGGAGACCACCCAUCAUAUGCCAGGUAAACCUGGAGGGCUGGAUGUCAAAGCACUGCGAGCCUUCAGAGUGCUCCGACCUCUCCGCCUGGUCUCAGGAGUGCCCAGUCUCCAGAUUGUGUUAAAUUCUAUUAUGAAGGCUAUGGUUCCUCUGUUGCACAUCUCUCUGCUUGUCCUGUUUGUCAUCAUCAUCUACGCCAUCAUUGGCCUGGAACUCUUCAUCGGCAGGAUGCACAAGACCUGCUACUUCACUGGCACAGAUGCCUAUGCAGAUGAUGACCCUUUACCCUGUGCGUUUGCGGGCCACGGUCGGCAGUGUGCACUAAACGGAUCAGAGUGCAGGGGGAGGUGGGAGGGGCCAAACGGCGGCAUCACCAACUUCGACAACUUCUUCUUCGCCAUGUUGACCGUUUUCCAGUGCAUUACCAUGGAAGGUUGGACUGAUGUGCUCUACUGGAUGAAUGAUGCCAUUGGCUUUGAGUUGCCCUGGGUGUACUUUGUGAGUCUGGUCAUCUUCGGCUCUUUUUUUGUCCUCAAUCUUGUGUUGGGUGUGUUGAGUGGAGAAUUCUCUAAGGAGAGAGAGAAGGCUAAGGCCCGUGGGGACUUUCAGAAACUGCGGGAGAAACAGCAGAUGGAAGAGGACCUGUGUGGUUAUAUGGACUGGAUCACACAGGCAGAGGACAUUGAUGAGUUGGACGAGGAUGGUAACAGACGCGUGACCCUACGUGACCUGGCUGAUAAGAAGAGAGGAAAGUUUGGCUGGUUCAGCCACUCUAACGAGACUCAUGCGAGUCUGGCAGCCAGUGAGACAGCAUCUGAAAACACAGAGAACAUUGAUGAGGAACACACUGAUUGCUGUGCGGCUUGCUGCGCUCGAAUAAUGAAAAAUAAAUGCUGUCGUACUUUUCGGCGCUGGGAUCGGGGUGUUCGGAGGAAAUGUCGUACAGCUGUGAAGUCUGUAACCUUCUAUUGGCUGGUACUGAUUCUGGUGUUCCUGAACACGGCCCUGAGCGCCUCUGAGCACUACAACCAGCCUGAAUGGCUCACUGACGUUCAGGAGAUAGCCAACAAAGUGCUUCUGUCUCUCUUCACUGUGGAGAUGUUGCUGAAGAUGUACAGUCUGGGUCUGAAGGUCUACUUCGUGGCGUUCUUUAACCGUUUUGACUGCUUCGUGGUGUGCGGCGGAAUUCUGGAGACGGUGCUGGUGGAGCUGGAGAUCAUGCCACCGCUAGGUAUCUCCGUGCUCCGGUGCGUUCGUCUGCUUCGUAUCUUCAAAGUCACACGACACUGGACCGCUCUGUCCAACCUGGUUGCCUCUCUACUCAACUCAAUGAAGUCUAUUGCUUCUCUGCUGCUACUGCUCUUCCUCUUCCUCAUCAUCUUCGCGCUGUUGGGUAUGCAGCUCUUCGGCGGUAAAUUUAAUUUCGAUGAGACACAGACCAAGAGGAGCACGUUCGACACUUUCCCACAGGCCCUGCUUACCUGUUUUCAGAUUUUAACCGGUGAAGACUGGAAUGUCGUUAUGUACGACGGGAUCAUGGCGUAUGGAGGACCUGUCUUUCCUGGGAUGAUUGUCUGCCUGUAUUUUGUUAUUCUUUUCAUCUGUGGUAACUAUAUCCUGCUGAAUGUCUUCUUGGCUAUCGCUGUGGACAACUUAGCAGGAGGGGACGGUGACGAGAAAAAGAACAAGGAGAAGAAAGAAAGUGAAGAGACACGAGGAGAAGGAGAGAAUGAGGAGGUGAAGGUCGAAAUGGACGAGUACGAGGAGGAGGAGGAGGAGGAGGAACACGAGGAGGAGGACGGAGGAAUUCAGCUGAAUGUGGCUGACUUUGCACCUCCAAAAGAGAAGGUUCUUCCAAUUCCAGAAGGGAGUGCUUUCUUCUGUCUCAGCAAGACAAACCCGAUCAGAGUGGGUUGUCAUACGCUGAUACAUCAUCACAUCUUCACCAAUCUGAUCCUGGUCUUCAUCAUCCUCAGCAGUAUUUCACUGGCUGCCGAGGAUCCAAUUAGAGCCCACUCAUUCCGAAACAAUGUCCUUGGAUAUGCAGAUUAUGCCUUCACUUCCAUAUUUACAGUGGAAAUCAUUCUCAAGAUGACCGUUCAUGGUGCAUUUCUUCAUCAAGGCUCCUUCUGUAGGAAUUGGUUUAAUCUCUUGGAUCUUCUCGUGGUCAGCGUGUCCUUGGUCUCAUUCUUCCUCCAUUCGAGUGCUAUCUCUGUGGUCAAGAUCCUGCGAGUGCUUAGAGUGCUGAGGCCUCUCAGAGCCAUCAACAGAGCCAAGGGACUCAAGCAUGUGGUGCAGUGUGUGUUUGUAGCCAUCAGGACCAUUGGGAAUAUCAUGAUUGUCACCACUCUCCUUCAGUUCAUGUUUGCCUGCAUCGGAGUGCAGCUCUUUAAGGGUAAAUUUUAUCGCUGCACAGAUGAGGCAAAGCAUACACCAGAGCAAUGCAAGGGGACAUUUGUGGUUUAUAAGGACGGCGACGUAAGUCACCCAAUGGUGAAGGAGAGGAUCUGGCAUAACAGCGAUUUCAACUUUGACAACGUGCUGAUGGGCAUGAUGGCCCUCUUCACCGUGUCCACGUUCGAGGGCUGGCCAGCGUUACUCUACAAGGCAAUUGAUGCAAACUCAGAGAACCACGGUCCUAUUUACAACUACCGCGUGGAGAUCUCCAUCUUCUUCAUCGUUUACAUCAUCAUCAUCGCUUUCUUCAUGAUGAACAUCUUUGUGGGUUUUGUCAUCAUCACGUUUCGGGAGCAAGGAGAAGCCGAGUUUAAGAACUGUGAGCUGGACAAAAACCAGAGACAGUGUGUGGAAUACGCCCUGAAGGCUCAGCCACUGAAACUCUACAUCCCAAAGAAUCCGAUUCAAUACAAAUUCUGGUCAAUCAUCAACUCCACAGCGUUUGAGUACAUCAUGUUUGUGCUGAUCCUACUCAAUACUGUCACUCUGGCAGUCCAGCACUAUGAACAGUCAAAGCCAUUCAGUUACACCAUGGACAUUCUCAACAUGGUCUUCACUGGCCUCUUCACAGUAGAGAUGAUCAUCAAACUUCUCGCACUUCGAUUCCGGCAUUACUUUGUGGAUGCAUGGAACUCUUUUGAUGCUCUGAUUGUGGUGGGAAGCGUCGUGGACAUCGUGGUUACGGAAUUCAGCAGCUCAGAAGACAGCUCUAGAGUGUCAAUCACCUUCUUCCGUUUGUUUCGUGUAAUGCGAUUGGUUAAACUGCUAAGCAAAGGUGAAGGCAUUCGCACCUUGCUGUGGACGUUCAUUAAGUCUCUUCAGGCCUUGCCGUAUGUUGCUCUCCUCAUUGCCAUGAUCUUCUUCAUUUAUGCUGUCAUUGGCAUGCAGACUUUUGGCAAGAUUGCCAUGCAGGACCACACCCAGAUCAACCGUAACAAUAACUUCCAGACGUUCCCACAGGCUGUGCUUCUGCUCUUCAGGUGUGCCACCGGUGAAGCCUGGCAGGAGAUCAUGUUGGCCAGUCUACCAGGGAAACGUUGUGAUCCAGAGUCAGACCACGAGCCUGGGGAGGAGUUCAGCUGUGGCAGCAACUUCGCCAUCGUCUACUUCAUAAGCUUCUUCAUGCUCUGUGCUUUCCUAAUUAUCAAUCUCUUUGUGGCUGUCAUCAUGGAUAAUUUUGACUACCUGACACGUGAUUGGUCAAUUCUGGGUCCUCAUCACCUAGAUGAGUUCAAAAGGAUUUGGUCAGAGUAUGACCCUGAAGCCAAGGGUCGUAUUAAGCACUUAGAUGUGGUGGCUCUCUUACGGAGGAUCCAACCUCCUCUUGGCUUUGGGAAACUCUGCCCUCAUCGCGUGGCAUGCAAGCGGCUGGUUGCUAUGAAUAUGCCUUUGAAUAGCGAUGGUACUGUGACCUUCAAUGCCACGCUCUUUGCACUGGUCAGAACUGCCCUGAAGAUCAAAACAGAAGGUAACCCUGAACAGGAGAACGAAGAGCUGAGAAUUAUCAUUAAGAAGAUAUGGAAACGCAUGAAACCCAAAAUCCUGGAUGAGGUUAUACCCCCUCCCGCUGAGGAGGAGGUGACUGUGGGAAAAUUCUAUGCCACUUUCCUGAUCCAGGACUAUUUCAGGAAGUUCCGGAAAAGGAAAGAGAAAGGAGGGCUGGGAGACCCAGAUCCCAACAACCCCUCUGCCUUACAGGCGGGCCUGCGAACCCUACAAGACCUGGGGCCAGAGAUGAGACUGGCCAUGAAUGCAGAUCUCGAGGAGGACGAGGAAGAGGAAGGCAUGGAAGAAGAGCAAGAGGAGGUUGAUGCUCGCUACAAGAACGAGAAUGGCUAUGCAGGCCACUCUGAGUCCUCAGGCAAAGAUAGACGAUCUUCCCUGGCCACCACCCCCACUGGGAACUCUGCUCCUGUCCCAGGAGAGAAUAUUUCCAAUGGGAUGCUAUCACACAGAGGUUCCCUCGCCAAAACCCCCAACGGAGGUGGACUGCUUGAACAAGAGGAUUUGAGGAGAGGAGACAGCGUGAGAUCCACGCACCGUUAUCAUCACCACAAAAAUGGGAUGAUAGAUAACCCACCCAAGAGAUCUUCACAUUACAAGUCCUCAAGGAGGCACUCCCAAGACAGGCACACGCCUCUUUCACGAAGACAGGGUGUGGUGGAUGGAGAGGAUGGCUAUCCAGGAGAACAGGGAUACUAUAACCGUGAGGAAGACAAUGAAAGCAUCGUCUCUCGUGACAGGCGGGGGUAUCCAGUCGACUCCCCGGGUUACUCUGGGCAUCGAGACCAUAUUUACAACGGACACACCCCUGGACACCCAGCAUAUGGAAAUCAUUAUGGAAAUGGGUAUGCAGAGGGCCGAAGAACAGCAAGGCGACGUUUGCUUCCUGCUACACCUACUGGCCGGAAGCCGUCCUUCAAUAUCCAGUGUCUGAGGCGUCAAGGCAGCAGUGAUGACCUGCCUAUUCCUGGGACCUACCACCAGAAUUCUCCGCCUUGCCGGGCACGCUCACAAACAUAUGGCAGUUAUGACUCUCGGCGUAGCAGCAGUCGGUCCUCCACAGGAUCCACAGCCUCGUGGGCGAAUUCAGGUCCUAGGCGGGGUCGUCUCCUCUACGCUCCUCUCAUCUUGGUGGAGGAGGAGGCCGCGAACAACGCUAUGUGGGCCGACAAAAAGGCUGCCACUGCCGCCGCGUCGGCCCCGGGGAGGCCUGGCUGGUACUCUGGGCCCGCUGGAGGUGUAGGGGCCCAGCCUUACAGGGCAUACACCACCUUACGGGUUCCCACUCAGCUCAGCCCCCACUACAGCGAGAAGAGGGGCAGCGCAGACAGCCUGGUGGAGGCGGUGCUUAUCUCAGAGGGCCUUGGUCUCUACGCCAAAGACCCCAAGUUUGUGGCCUUUGCCAAGCGGGAGAUUGCCGACGCAUGCCACAUGACCAUCGACGAGAUGGAAAGCGCUGCCAGUGACCUCCUUAGCCGAGGGGGCGGAGGUUGCGGGGGCGCAGAGGGAUUUCUGAACCACACGGACAUGGGACCCCUGUACAGCGACGAGGAGCCAAUCAGGAGUCGGGACGAGGAGGAGCUUGCCGACGAGAUGACGUGCGUGACAUCGUUUUGA